AUGUAUAAACUUUCAAAUGUAUUAAAAUUCCCUAAUGUGUGGAAUCACAUCGACAAAUUGCACACUUUAACACCACUGAAUAUUUCAGAAUGUGAAAAAUUGUGUGAUACAAUCAGCAGCAAGUUGUACCAAGUGAUUGGUGACCCAAGCAAACUAGUAGCUGCUUGUCUAAAACUAUCUUCCACCUCCAAUGUUAAAAAAAACUUAUAUUUACAACUAAAGAGGGGGUUAAUUACCUCACUUAAAGAGUUAGAGGUUGUUGACUCUAUUAUUGCCUUGGAGGCCCUUGGAAAUUUCUAUUGCAAAGGCUUUAAUGUACAAAAUCUACCAAAUUUACUUUACAAAAAUCUACUCGUAUCAAAAAAGAUAAGACAAUUGAACAUUUGUUAUGUUCCGAAGCUCUUAGAAUCUCUCCGCCGAUUUAACAUAGAAAAUACACAGUUGAUCGCAGAAAUAGAAAAAAUAAUAAAAUGUAACUCUCAAAAACUUAAUUUGGAUCAUAAUCUGUCGGUCCAGUUACUUAAAAAUUUAUGUAUAGUGGCCCCUGCGUAUAAGUUAUUGCUCAACAACAUUUCUAAUAUUAUAUUUACCAGACACGCAAAUGUAUUAAGAAUUAACGAUAUAAUUGAAUGUUACCAUUGCUUAAGCAAGGCUGAUUAUUAUCCCAGCUUUUCAGAUAAAAUUGAUCAAUUAUUUAUCUCAAGAUUUUGUGAGUUGACUGAUGACAAUUUAUUGCAAUUACUACACUGCUACAGUCUACAUUAUGCCAGAACUACUACAAUAUUGAAGAAAAUUGUGGCAAGAUUACACCAUAUUAUCACAUCCAUACCAACUGACAGUGCAAUUGAUAUUAUUUACAACUUGUACAAGCUACGCAUAUAUGAUCAGUCAAUAGUAAAUUCUGUUAACGUGAAAAUAUUGAGCGCUGAAUUUGACAAACUUGAUGCGAAACACUUAAUUAACUAUAUUACGGCAAUAACUUAUUUCAAGGUAAAUAAUUUAGAAAUAUACAACAAAGUGCUACCACAAAUUACUAGACACCUAACUCAUCUAAAGAAAGAUGGUAUAACCCAAUUGAAGAUUGUGGAAUUGGCUAUUAGGUUUGGCCAUGUACCCAAUAUAUACAAUCGGCUAUCAGAAUCUAGUAUGCAUCUAUUCCAUUUGGUUGGCGAUUGUGUUGAUAUUGUUGAGAGGUUUGACACUUCAAAUUUCCAAAAGCAAGUGGGCGAAGCAGCCUUGUUUAUCUACUAUAAGCUAAAUACUGAAGUAAAGAUUGGCCCAUUCAUGGUGGACUAUGCCACACCCAUGAGCGUGAAUGAUAUGUAUAACAUUAACAAUUACAGAACAAAUGACAAAGACAUAAACCCAGAAAUAAAUACAAAUGGAGUGAUUAUCGAGGUCGAUGGCCCUAGACAUUUUUACAAAAACUCACAUACAUAUACGUGCCAUUCUAUUGUGAAAGAUGAAAUACUUAAACUGAUGGGGUAUCGUGUCGUGCACGUAAAGUACUUUGAAUGGGACAAAUUGCCAAAUCUAGUUGAUAAACAGAAUUAUUUGCUACAACUAAUCACUGAAACCAUUAGUCAAUCAUAA